UGCUGAUAGGACAGCUUGCUGUGAGGCUGCAGGGUCUGCUGGGAGGUGUAGUUUUCCCGGCCUGGGAUUCUCGGACCACAGAAGACUUCUAUGCGCGGCCACCGGCGCCAUGUCCCGGGUGCCGGUGCCCUGUCACAUCAAGGGGGCUGUGGCGCUGCAGGUGGGCGAUGUGCGGACGGUUCAGGGCCGGCCCGGCGUCCUGGUCAUCGACGUCACCUUCCCCACUGCCGGGCCCUUUGAGUUACAGGAGAUCACCUUUAAGAAUUAUUACACAGCCUUCUUGAGUAUUCGAGUGCGCCAGGUUGGUUCCCCAAACCAGUCAUCCACCAAAUGGAUUACCUGUUUACGAGACUACUGUUUAAUGCCCAAUCCACACAAUGAGGAAGGGGCCCAGGACUAUGUGUCCCUAUACAAGCAUCAGAUGCUGUGUGACAUGGACAAGGUAUUGGAGCUGCGCCUGAUUCUGCGGCAGCCAUCCCCACUAUGGCUCAACUUCACGUUGGAGGAAUUGCAGUUUUUUCAGCAUGGACCACAGAGUUCUUCAUCAGCCUUUACCAAGUGGCUCUCCCACCCAGCACCCUAUGAGCAGCCAGCGCUCCUGCUUCAACAAGCCCUCCCUGACCCAGAUAAGGUCUCUUCAGAGGUACAGCAGAUGUGGAUGCUGACCGAGAUGAUCCGAGCCAGCCGCACGACAGCCCGUAUUGGCCGCUUUGAUGUGGAUGGCUGUUAUGACUUGAACCUGCUCUCCUACACAUGAACCUUCGAGGUUGUUUGGCCUCCAGACUUUGUUCAUGACUGAGAUGAUUACUUUUUAUUCGUGCUGAGGAGCAAGGCCAUCCUCAAACAAAAGAGGCCCAGUGUCCCUUGUCUGCUCCCAGAGUAUCAUUAUCCCCUUUGCUUCUAGUUGAGGCUGCCAAGGCUUCUUGGUGUUGAUAAACAGCUUGAGUGCAAGCUCUGGGUGGAAACUCUCCCAUCUCUUGGCUUCAGCCUGAACUCUGAGAUGCCAGCUUUCCCUCCUUCCCUGCCUCAGCUUCAUCAUAAAAACUCACCAAUGUUGUUUCUUUAGAACCAAUGUGUGCAUAGUAUUGACAUGGUGUAUUCCUUCUAGCUCCUUUCACACUCUUGGAUACUUACAGUCUUGCCUGUGUAUUGCCUUGAUGGUAACUGGUGGCUCGUUUCUGAUCCUGAGCUCAUUUGGGCUUGGGAAACUCCAUCCUUUGGUAUAACUGUUGUCCACGUACCUAUCAGCAGUACGAGGUCUUUCAAUCAAGCAAGUCUUUUAAGAGCCUAUGUACUGCACACUGUGUGAGGUGCAGAGGGAUACAAAGACAAAAGACAAAGACCCUGCCCCUGAAGAGCUUACAUUCUAAUGGAGAAGAUAAUAACGUACAUAUGUAGGUACAUAAAAAAGACAUAAUUUGAGCUGGUUCUCUACCUCUUACCUGGCUCUAGCCUAAGUCUAAAUCUAAACUAAAUGUCUUGGUCUUUGGAAGUUUCAGGGUUUUUCUUAGUCAUGGGAAGCUGGAGCCAGUAGUCAUUAUCUAAGUUAUAGUCCAGAGUAGACACAGGGCCCAAAGGUACUUGGGAGAGGAACCCCCAUUUCAUCCUCUUGAACUGACUAGAAUCCUUCUGCAGCACCCUGAGGUCCUGCAAGUUGUCACUUACAAAGCAGCAUUUCUUUUCCUAGUCAGAAUGUGCAAACCACAGAUUGGAGGAAGGAGAGAGGGGAAUUAAGACAGAGAGCUUGAGCUGGAUGGAUUGGGAAUCGUUUUAGGAGUAGAUUACUCCUCUCUCUGUCUCUUCCUUCUCUGUCUCUGUCUCUUCUCCUUCCCCCUCCCCAGUCUGACUUAGCCCAGCUGAUGCAGAGCUUAGGCUGAGCCAAGCAGACACUGUACCUGGUUUCUAAUCCUGAAAGUUCUAUGCCAUGCCAUCUUGGUACUUGCUUCAAAAGGGACCAUUUUUGAGUAUACUGAUUCCAAUAGGUAGCCAACUUUCCUACUGUGAUUAAAAAAUAUGAUAAGGUAUUAUCCCAUUUGUUCUAGCACCCAGUAAAGUUUAUUACUAAUAAUACUGCAGUACUUGGCCAGACAUGAAUUAGUCUGUCGAGCUCAGGGACUAAGUCCAGAACAGGUGCUAACAGCAGAAAAGCAUCCCUACAAAGAGAACCUGGACCACUGUGUCCAGGUGGACAGCAGAAACCUGCCAGGUUUGGUUCUCUUUCUACUGCGUCAUUUUGGUUGUGCAGCUCUUGCUUGGGUAGUGGGGUGCGGACUAGAUUGGUAGUUAGGCACAAGUGGAUUUUUUUAAAAAUUGGGAGUUUCUGAUGGCUUAGCAGCUAAAGGGUUAAUUGCUUGGGCUGUCACUCCCCUUUUGAAUUAAAGUUUAACUAUUUUCCCCCUGAUGUCCUCUCCUGACCACAAUCAAAAGUACAGCUUGAUCUCUUCAAAAAGCUGAGUUCCUUUACAUUCCGAACAGACUUGUUUGCUUAACUGUGACCACAGUGCAGUGACCCAAGCAUUCCCCUGUAAGUCAGCGACCAGUUUAGUUUCAGAUAUAGAAGCCAAAGAGAUGAUAGAAAUGCAGUUGGGGUGAGCAGACCAUUCCUACUAUGUAUGCUUGGAUGAGUUGACAAAUUGCUUAAUAAAACAGACAACUAUUAUAUCUUAAGCUUA